AUGGAUGAACGAAGAAUUGGUGCAGAAGAACGAGGAAUGGAUAUAGAAGUUGGUGAGGAACAAGGAAGAGUUGGUGACGAAAUAAGGAAGGUUGGAGACGAAGAGGGAGGACCUGGCGGCGAAGAGCGACCCUAGCGGUGAAGGGCCGCUGAGGGUGGCAGCGACGAAAGCGCAGCUGAGGGUGGCAAAUGGAGCCAGGAAAUUGUGAUUGAAAGAGCGGGAGAAGAAAUGCAAACGGCUGGAAGAUCAUGGGCAGAUAUUGUUGGUUUGCCGAAUUUAAGUCAAGGAGCUGUACCGUUACCACAUACUCGGUUUGGAGCUGGGGUUGCUAGACCCAACUCUGUUGUGUUGCAUACCCAAGCGUUUAAGGAUAUUACAGUGCGUGAGGUCAUGGAUGCCGUUUUAAAAUGUGUGAAACAAGAUACAAUUAAGUGUGUGCAACAAGUUCCUGGACCUCGGUAUCGUUUGACUUUUCCCUCGUUUGAAUAUGAACAAUUAUUUUUAGAUCAGCCGUUUCAUUUACGGGGUGAACGAGUUAUUGCUCGAGAGCUUGAUAUCCCCACGUUACUGGUUAAAGUUUUGUAUGCCCCUAGUGAAAUUUCUAAUCAAACGAUAGCUGCAACGUUGGCGAAGUAUGGCAAAAUAGUGAAGGCGGAUCGGGAAAUGUAUCGUGAUUGA